ACCUAAAUACCGACUGUUAUAAUAUUUUAUAAUAAUGCGUUGUGUGCAAUUAUAUUUUCCAUUGUACCUACCGUACGUCAUUGUUUAACAAUAAAUAACGAUAAUUAAUUAACAAUAAUUGUGUGAUUCUUUUUUUCAACGUCACAGUGAGUGAGGCGAAAUCCGUAGUACAAGCACUGCACCUACUCGACUCUUAAUAUUAUUUUAUCUUAUUUGUUUAAUCGUUAUAAUCUCUUUAGUGUACAUGUGUGCCUAAACGAUUCGCUGGUAUAUCGCAUUAAAAUUGUGCGAGCAAAACUCGCAAAUUUCCGUGUAAUUGUUAUCCGCGGUCUAACGUGUGAAAUUGAAACCAGAUCGUUUGAAUUAAAGUACCGUUGUCGCGGGUCCGUCCAAUUGUAGGUAUAUAAGGUAUAUAAGAUAUAAUAUAUAGGUAUAUUGGUAAAUACGAUCUACUUAGGACAAAAUGUCCUACGUGGAAAUGAUAUAUGUAUAUUAUUAUGCGCAGUGUAUCAAAUCGAAUGUUGACAUAUUAUAUUUUUUUAUGUAUCCCGUCCGACGAGUUCCAGAUCGGGCAAAACCACCGACGAGGGUAUAUACCCGAUACCGCGUAUACCAACGCUACACAAUAAUACGAUAUUGUGUUUCCCGCAAUAAAAUAAAAUAUCAGCACUAAUGAUUUCUUUUUCUCUUGAUGUGGUGUGUGAGAAGAAUUCAAAAUAAUAUUUAAUUGCGUAUGACUGUCGUACCGUUUGACUGGCAUUUUUUUUGUUUUUGUCUAGUUUGACGAUUUCCCGUCAUUUGGCAAAAUUUUAUUCAGACUCGGUACGGUCGUGGAAGUAUAUAAUAUUAUUAUUUUACGAUACUACUGCACACACGUGGUUGGUUAGUCGUAAUUUAUCCAUAUAAAGUGGAACCUCCCUUAACGGACACCUUCAAAUAGCGGAUGUUUUUUUUUGAGAAAACACUACAAAAUGUCUACAAACUGAACCGUCUGAAAAACGGACUCCUCCGAACAGCGUACAAAAUGUCGGUAACUAAGAGUGUCCGGUAUUUAGAGGUUUCACUGAAUAUAUAUACUCUAAAAAAUAUUUGUCUCUAGUUAAAUCACGCGAUCGACUUGUCGAAUACGGAAUAUUACAACAUUGAAUAUACACCACGCACAUAGGCGCAAAUAGCGUUUGAGAUUUGGGGGCAGGGCUAAAGCCUUACCUUGGUAGUAUUGAAUAAGCUUAAAACAAAAUGUAGGAAAUGUUUGGGAGGGCUAUGGACAAUUUUUGGGUGGGGGCUUAGCCCCUAUUUGCGCCUAUGACCACGCAUAUUAUAUUAAUAGUAUACCUAUAUUGUAGUGACAUUUUAUAAAAAUCAAAACUCAUGUGACUAUUGCACAGACGAAUCAUCAAGUAUUUUUCGUGAAACUUUCAAAACGAAUCGUUUAAAAAUAAUCAAAACUUUUCGGAUUACCACGGCGAGUUCAAUAUUAUCUAAACGCGAUUCAUUUAAAAAUGUACGUUUUUACAAUAGUUAUAACGUGUUGAGAAACGGACUGAGGUCGCGAAAUGGAUAAUUGUUCCUGCUUAAUUCUAUCGAUAUCAGCUGCUAUUAUAAUGCUGACCUAGAACCGGCGAAUCGUCGUAAUUUGUCCCAUAGCUAAACGUGCAACUUGCUGACGAAAACAACAAAAUCGACACGUCUUCGGCUUGGCCAACAAAACAAGAUCAUUAUAGACGAAAACCAUCAUUUACCGUAUUCUUUAUUUUACAUUUUUGCAGCUUAUAAAUAAUUAUAAUAAGUACAUACCUGACCGAAUAAUUUGGCUGAGUGUCAGAAUUUAGCGUACCUUUAUGUCCUUUAUACCUACCUACUACCAAACCCACGUGCUACUCAACAAAUCUUUAGAGUAUUUCCUUUUUAGACGCUGUGCCUUACAUAGGUACGUGUCUCGGAGUUGUAAUUUUCCAUCAAUUAUCGGUCCAAUUAUUUGUGUAAAAAAAAAAAUAAAUAACUAAUACAAUAUGUUAAAUAUAGUAUAAUAGUUGUAUUCAAAAACACUAUAGAACUAUAUUUACCGGACCACAUCAGUGUAGUGUAAUUGUUGUUUUUGUACUACGUAGCCGCGUGGGUAGUAUUAUAAAUUACUAUAAUAAUAAUAUUAUAAUCAUCCAACAAAUAGUAUUAAUAAUAUUGUAACGUGAUAUCAGUUUUAGAUCGAAUGUAAAUGAUUCAAUAAUUAUUACUAUACAAAUUAAAUAUAAUAUAUUAUAACUACAAAAAUACUGUUUGAAAAAUUGUAAAUACAGUGUACAAUAAUUGUACACAAUAUUUUUUAAGUCACUGAAAGUAUAAGCGUUUGAGUAAAUAAUGUGCCUACCCUUUUCAAGUUGUACAUCAAUAAUUAGGGAUACGCACUUUGCAGGAACGAUGCAGCUUUUUAAAAACUAGUGUUGAAACGCAUUAUAUAAUAAGCCUUUGCUCGUUUGAAACAACUGAAACUGUAAUAAUAUUCUUACUUUAUCUUCAAAUUUGUUAUUUUACCAUUAUACGGAUAAUAUGACGUGUAACUUGAAAACCCGUUUGUAUAUUUUAAGAAUACUUUAAAUUUCUACGGCAAAAGCAUGAUCUUAUAAAGUUAUGCUUUUUGUAGGAAUAAAGACGUGCUGGAAAAAAACAAUAAUUAUUUGAUACAAAAGCAUCGAAAACAAACGAAAAAAUAUGCAAAUUAAUUACGAUGCAGUAAACAACAGGUAUGUGGUAUAUUUAUUACAGACUACUAUCUACGCAUGUUUUCGCUAUGAUUAAAAUUCUAUAUUAUUAUUUAAUUGAGUAUAUUUUAUGUAUUUGACACCAUUAAAUAGUUUAAUAUAUUAUGGCCUUUGAUAUAAAACACAGUAAAUUCAAUACGACUAUGCGGGCUCAUUAUAGCGGUUUAGAAAAUGUUCACGUUAUCGUUGUAUUAUAAUGGCUAAAGUAGUAAAGUCAGCCGAUACUCACUGAUUGCAAAACAAAAAAACUCGGCCAAUCCAAUCAUUAACCUUACGCAUUAUGUUUUAUUAAAAACAAAUUUAAAAACGUUAAUAUGAAACUGCAGAAACUGUAUAAUUCGUUGGCCGAGUAAUAAUGUAUGGCAAAUCAUUUGUUCUACCUAUGGUAGAUGAGUGAUUACUAUAAAUAUUAAAGUACUAAACAAUUGUCGACGAAGAAAAUGUUUCGAAAUAACGUAUGAAUUGAAUUAAUUAAUAGAUCACCGUAAAAUGAGUAAUGACAAUGUUCCUAAACUAACCAUAAUAUAAAUAAUAUAUAGACAACCUGUAGCUGCAGACUGUGUUUCGUUCAUUAUUUUUAUUUACAGAAAGUUCAUAAAUACUUAACGAGCGAAAUAUGCUUCUUCUAGUUAUUUAUCUGUUUAUACUGUAUUUCAUAUGAAUCGAUUUCCAUAUUUAGAUAGUUAAGAAAAAAAUAUAAAUAAUAUAUUAUUAUAUAUUUUUCUUUUAACUAUUAAACUCUCAACUACCUACGUGUCUUAUCUAAACUUAAACAAUAUUGAAAAUUAUAUAAUAAUAUAAGUAAAACAAAAAGCGUAUUUACUAAUUUUGUCAUUGUAUUUUUUUCAUAAGCAGUAUGAAGUCCUCAAGAUUUUUGAACGAGUCUCAGACGGCUCUGGUGAAACAAUCAUGGCCGAUGAUUGUUUCAAAUGGUUUUUGGACUUCGUUUUAUACCAAUCUGUUCAAGAGAAGUCCAUCAUAUCAAUUACAAUUCGAUCGUUUCGCUCAUGUUCCAUUUGAAGAGCUCGAAUCGAACGUUCACUUUUUGGCACACUCUGUCAGGACUGGAUUUGCAUUUAACACUGCUAUUGAACUCUUGGAAACACCCGACGAGUUACACAAAAUCUUAGUGGAUUUGGGAGCAAAACAUCGCAAAUUUCGUCUCACGGCCGAACAUUUCGAGGUAAAUAUUAACAAAAAAAAAAAAAAAUCGUCUAAAACAUUUUGCGAAGAAAAAAAUACGGUAAUCUAUUGGUUCGAUUUUUCUAAUUCUGGUUAUUAUUAAUGGAUUAUAUUUCAAUCUUUUGCUGACUAUCGUGUACAUAUUGAAUAUAAUUAAAUUAUUGAUUAUAGUAAUUUAAAAAAAAAAAGAAACUGUGAACUAUACAAUCUCAUCUGCAGAUGUAUUACAAGAUAAA